GGAAUUUAUCUUUUUGGAUACAGAGUUCCACUGGUGUUAUCCAAAGGACAACGUUGACAAGACUAAAAUUGAUAGGUUUUUACUCCUCAAAGAAGUUAUUCGAACCGAAAACAUGAAGCUAAUAGCGUUUUCCGCCCUCUUCCUCCUGACUGUGGCGAGUGCCCAGAAACCUUGCUGUGGACCGAUGCAGAUCAUGACUGGAAAUGGCGCCACAGUAGGAAUACAAAAUAGCGGACCGCAGGGGUACUACACAUAUGCCUAUGGUGCCUUCGACUAUACCAAUCGGCGGUUCGGUUACAACAUAAAUGUGGACCGCAUCGACGGUAAAAGCUCGCACGACUACCGUGUCGUCCAGAAAUACGAUCAGGAUACAGAAUGGAUCAUACAUGAAGUUACACAGAGCUGUCUUAAGAGGAAAGCCUACCAACCAGAACCAAGUGCCUGCGUCCCAAAUCAAGCCGUGCUAUCAACAACCUUUUUCUUGGGAGGCAACCAAGGCUUGUUAGUGGAUUCCUGGUCCUAUACCUACUCCAGUCCCAAGGACCCUCUGGACGGGGUCGUAGCACUCAACCAGGUGCAUGGAUCUUGCCUACCUACAGGAGGUUCCAUCUUUGGGAAGGUCAACAAUGGUGGCACUGACGUUACUUUCGUGAUUGCGAGUGGAGUUCUGAACAUGACAGUGGGAAUACCUGAUCCUGAUAGAUGGUUCACCCUUCCAAGCUACUGCAACCAAACGAACGCUUUAUUUGAUGACAGCUCGGUGUUUGAUCACGAAGUCCUGAAAUUGCCCGUCUUCUUCUAGUUCUCAUACGACGCGUCGUUACCAAGGGACAGUUUCUGGGGGCAGCCCCCGUCCUAAUGAGAGGAUUUCAAACUACCGAUUGUCCUGACUUAAGCUUCCAAUCAGUGUGGUUUGCCCUUUCUCAUACAAAACAAAGAAGCGAGAUUUCUAGUUAAUGUAGUCUAGAACUUCUUAAGUAACAUUGAAUUCAUUAUUAAACAGAGACGUAUGAAAAAGAAAGUUGAAUUUAUGAUAUUUGGUAAUCAAUACAGCAGUUAAUAUAUACUAGGCCUAUUACUUAUUGUCAUGUUUGAUUAAAAAAAAUUAUUUGUGAAUGCAAUGAGUCAUUGUUAUUCGAUUGACUAUUAACACUUCAUGUGGCUUACAGUUUUAUCUAUAGCUAAAGUGCACUGCAAAUUUCGAAAAACGUGGCUACAAUUAUGAUCAUGAUUGCUACGGAUAAGAACCAUGACUUAUAUGCGCUCUCAUUGGAGGUUUAUAGACGAUAUUCACCGUCUAAAAACAUCAUGGGUCCAACCUCCAUGUUUUUUUUUAAUUUGAUGCAGACGCUACUAAUGUCAACGAAUGUAAUCAGUAGAUGUUUGUGGAGUGGUCUUAACCCACGCUUCUACAUUUGAAGUAGGAUCUGGCUUAACAUUUUUACCUCCCAAUUCAACCUCAUUCAAUUUGUAUCGAACCUUUUAAAAUAGAGAGCCACUUAAAAUUCUAUCUGAAUCACCAAAACAGCGAUGACACCUUGGUCGUGCUAAUUUCUAGGCAUGAACUCUAACCUCGUUCUCCGUAAGCAAUAUCAUGGUCGUAUUUAAAAGGAAUGAAAUUCAGCGUUAACGUUUUAAGAGCUAAUUGCCGAAUAGUACGGAUAACAAUAACAGGGUGUAUGUUCGUGGUCUGGUGAACCCAAUUUAGUGAUCAUCUCCUGAAAUUGGAAAGG